AUGGCAAAAAAGGGAGGAAAAAAUAAUAAAUCAAAGAAAGAAGUAACUCCACCAACUUCAGAUGUUGAAGAUGAAGUUCAAGAUAAAUUCAAAGAAAUGAGAUUAAAUGCAUUCACUGCAACAGGUGCACUCGCUUCAAAAGAAUCAUCAAGAGAUGUUAAAAUUGAACAAGUUACAUUAACUUUCCAUGGUAAAGAAUUGUUAUCAGAUACAACAGUUGAAAUCAAUUUUGGUAGAAGAUAUGGUCUUAUUGGUCAAAAUGGUUGUGGUAAAUCAACCUUUUUCCAAUGUUUGGCAGUUAGAGAAUUACCAAUUCCAGAACAUAUUGAUAUUUUCCAUUUGAGUGAAGAAGCUCAUCCAUCUGAAAGAACUGCAUUACAAUCAGUAAUUGAUGAUGCUGAAAAGGAAGUUAAACGUUUAGAAGUAUUGGAAGAGAGAUUAUUAGAAGAACAAGGUCCAGAAAGUGAAGAAUUAUUUGAUGUUUAUGAACGUUUAGAGAAUUUAGAUCCAACUACAUUUGUACCAAGAGCAUCUGAAAUUUUAAUUGGUUUAGGUUUCACAAGUCAAACAAUGUUAAAGAAAACUAAAGAUCUUUCUGGUGGUUGGAGAAUGAGAGUAUCACUUGCCAAAGCACUUUUCAUUAAACCAACUCUUCUUUUAUUGGAUGAACCAACCAAUCAUUUGGAUUUAGGUGCAUGUGUAUGGUUGGAGGAUUAUUUAGCCAAUUAUGAUCGUUCACUCAUUAUCAUUUCACACAGUCAAGAUUUCCUCAAUGCAGUUUGUACCAAUAUCAUCCAUAUGACUCAAUCAAAAUUAAAAUACUAUGGUGGUAACUAUGAUAACUUUGUAAAGACCAAAGCAGAAUUGGAAGUCAAUCAAAUGAAAGCAUACCACAAACAACAAGAAGAAAUUGCACACAUUAAAUCUUUUAUCGCAUCUUGUGGUACCUAUUCCAAUUUGGUCCGUCAAGGUAAAUCAAAACAAAAGAUUAUCGAUAAAAUGGAGGAAGCUGGUCUCGUCGAAAGAGUACAAGAAGAUAAGAUUUUCAAUUUUUCAUUCCCACCAUGUGGUGAAUUGGCCCCACCAAUCAUGCAUUUUGAUAAUGUUACUUUUUCAUACAGCGGUAAAGAAGCAGAUGUUUUAUAUAGAAAUUUAGAUUUAGCUAUCGAUUUAGACUCUAGAAUUGCACUUGUUGGUCCAAAUGGUGCUGGUAAAAGUACUUUAUUGAAGCUUAUGGUCGGUCAAAUCUCACCAACUCAAGGUUUCAUUAAAAAACAUAGUCAUCUUAAAAUGGCUCGUUAUCAUCAACAUGCUCAUGAAGUUUUAGAUCUCACCGCUACUCCAUUGGAUUUUGUUCGUUCUAAAUUUGCUCAUAUGAAUAAAGAUACCGAAGAAUGGCGUCGUGAAAUUGGUAGAUUUGGUGUUACUGGUAAAGCUCAAACUGAAGCUAUUGGUUGUAUGUCUGAUGGUAUUAAAUCUCGUUUAAUUUUCUGUCUUAUGGCUCUCGAAAAUCCACAUCUUUUAUUACUUGAUGAACCAACAAAUCAUUUAGAUAUGGAAUGUAUUGAUAGUUUAGCUUUGGCCAUCAAUUCUUUCCCCGGAGGCAUGAUAUUAGUAUCUCACGAUUUUAGAUUAAUCUCUCAAGUUGCAAAAGAAAUUUGGGUUUGUGAUAAUAAAACUAUUACUAAAUGGGCAGGUGAUAUCACAAGCUAUAAGAAUCACUUAAAGGCUCAAAUGAGAGAUCUCACAAAGCAAGGCGCAUUAGCAUCAUUAAAAAAAUAA